AUGGGAGUUUCCAAAUCCGACCCGAUCAUCAUCGUUGGCGGAGGAGCCUUUGGGCUCUCAACCGCUCUACAUCUGACUCGCGAUGGCUUCACGAACGUGGCCGUCUAUGAGAAAGAUGAUCAUAUCCCUCCGCGCUUCUCAGCCGCCAAUGAUCUGAACAAGAUUGUUCGCGCGGAGUAUGAGGAUCCGUUCUAUACUGAUCUGACAAUUAAAGCCAUCGCCGCUUGGAAAACCCCCCUAUUUGCCCCCCAUUUCCACCAGACCGGUUUCCUCCACUGUGUAUCCGGCGACGCGCCCCAAAAGGCCAUCGAAACUCUCGGCCGCUUCCGCGCCGCAGCAGACGGAAACACCAAGCUCAAGCCGCACGUCGUCCCUCUCAAAGGCGACGAGGACAUCCGCGAAGCAUGCUGGCAACUAAACGGCCCGCUAACCGGCUGGAACGGCUACCUAAACCGGUUCGACGGAUACGCGCACUCAGGCAACGCCCUGGCAGCAGUGUACCGAGCCGCGCAAGCAGCCGGCGUCCGCUUCUACCUCGGCGAACGCGGCGCAGUCGACGAGAUCGUCUACGUGGGCGCGUCGAAGGGCAGAAAGAGUUCCGGAAUCCGCACGAAAGACGGCAAAUUCCACCCGUCUUCGCUGGUAAUUGUUGCAGCGGGCGGUGCUGUCGGCAGACUUGUUCCCGAGCUUGGAACGAAGGUCGUUGCGAAGUCGUGGUCUGUUGCUCAUGUGCAUCUGACCGAUGAGGAGACGUCCAUGCUGCGGAAUAUUCCCGUAACCUAUGCGCGCGACCUUGGAUUCCUGUUCGAGCCUGAUCCUGAGACGAACCUGUUGAAGAUUUGUCCUAUGGGGGGUGGGUAUGUCAAUACCGAUGCUCAGACUGGAAUUUCGCAUAUGCCUGGUUCGUUGGAGGAGAGUGCGUUUAUACCUGAGCAUGAUGAGAAGCAGAUGAGGAAGUUGUUGGCUCAUACGCUUCCAGCGUUGAAGGAUCGGCCGUUGGUUAGGAGGUCGCUUUGUUGGUUUGCUGAUACUGAUGACUCGGACUUUAUUAUUGAUUAUCUUCCUGAGACUUCCGAUUCGGUUGUUGUGCUUUCUGGUGAUUCUGGGCACGGGUUUAAAAUGUUCCCUAUCUUUGGGUCUUGGGUUAGGGAUUUCUUGGGUGCUGGACAGCAGCAGAUUAAGAGGUGGAGGUGGAAGCAGCCUAAGCCUGCUGGUGAGAAGGGGAACUGGGGUGGUGAUGUUAGUUGGAGAAUUGGAGAGUCGAAGGAGCUUGCUGAGAUUCGACCUGGGAGAUCGUCUAAGCUUUAG